AUGGGUUGCCAAGGAAGCAGAACAGAAUUAUCCGAAGAGGAGCGAAUUUUGCUCCGCCAAGAAGCACAGCUAAACUACGGAAGCCACAACUGCAAAAUAGUAGAUUUUUGCCAUCAUAAAUACUCAGCAGGCUUUGAAGUCAACGCUGAGCAAUGGCGUGAUAUAGUUUCUUAUCUCAGCCUUAACGUAGAAAACACUGCUUAUAGCCCUAAAGCAGCUGAUUUCUUUGCAUCAUUUAAAGGCCACGAUGGAAAACUCCCACUUCGCCAUCUGCUAGUUCUUGGAGCAAUGAUAAGCCAAGGCAGUGCUAAAGACAAGGCAAAACUCUUGUUCGAAACAAGAGACCCUAUGGAUACCAAAGAACUCCACAGGGCUGAAAUCCAUGCUUUAGUAGCUGAUAUGGUCGAAAUUUCUGUCAAUAAACUUACUAUACUUAGAGGUGCAGGAACGGAAAUAACUGAAGAAAAGUGGAAUAACUAUGUUAAGCUCCUUAAUGAAUAUAAGGAAAAAGCGACUAUCCAUAUCGUUCAAACUUUCCUAGGAGAAAAGAAAAAAAGCUGACUCCCAUCUGUGACAGAGCAAAACUGGUAGAAAAAUCUUUAUAUUUUUAGAAAAUAAGUAUCCAUAAAUGAGCAAAAACGUUUUUAAUAAAAAAAAUUAUUACAAAAAUAUACUCAAUAUAUAAUAAUAAAAAAUUAUAAUGAAAUCUCUAGCUAAUUUCUGUUGAAUUUUAAGCAGCUUGUAUUAUAAAAAUUAUUUUUCAAAAAAAAAAUUAUAUAAAAAAUUUAUUUACUUUGCUGAGAAAAAAACUGAAGAUAAAAAAGAAGAGAAAAAGGAAGAGAAAAAAGAAGAGAAAAAGGAGGAUGGAAAAAAGGAGGAGAAGCAUGAAGAGGUUAAAAAAGUAGAAGCCAAAGUAGAAGAAGUCAAAGAAGUCAAGCCAAAAGAGCAGAUUUCCUUGCAAGAUUUUCUAAAAGUCUUUGAUGACGAAGACAAUGGAACUUUAUUGACCCCUCAUGGAAUCAGACUUUUGGUGCUUAGUCAUAGGCCUCCACCAGCCAAAGUAGUAGCUGCUGACGUACUAAAAGGAAAAUCAGGAAAAAGUGAAAAGAAAGUAGAAGUCACUGUAGAAGUGUCUGGAGAGCAUCAUCAUCGCCACCGCCAUCACCAUCAUGAAGGAGAGACUCACGAGACCCACGAGACCCACGAGAUCCACGAAGUGCAUGAUCAUCAUGAAGGCCAUGAUAAAGACCAUGAGCAUAAAGACCAUGAGCAUAAGGACCAUGAGCACAAGGACCAUAAAGAUAAAAAAUCGUCCAGUUCUUCGUCUUCUUCAUCAAGCUCUUCUUCAAGUGAUGAAGAAAAGAAAAAAGCUAAAGCAGCAAAGGCAGCUGAGCAUCUUCAUGAAGGUGCAAAAGAAGAAGCCCAUUCUUAA